GUGAACCAUUUGCCAUGCUCAUUUCAACUUGGUCGAAAAGAUCGACUGUGGAAAAAUUUGCUUCACAUGCAAAUGCGUUGCGGCAAGGAGAAUUUCAACUACAUGCCUCAAACCUUCUGUUUACCGGCCGAUUUGGAUGCACUGAAAAAGGUGUGGGAUGAGGAAGGCGCAAGUCAGCGAUGGAUUUUGAAACCAGUAAACUGUAGUGCACCACGAAUCAAGUUCGUUGCGAAUGAACAGCGCUGGUAUCGGUUUUUAGAGUUCAGACCCUAUGCAUCGACUCCAAAAUCCUCGCCGUAUGGUCAGAGCCUGCUNGCUUCUGCUCGCGGAAUCGGUGUCCGACUGAUUACCAAAUGGGCUCAAGUUCCCAAGAAGCGACCGGCAAUUGUGCAAAAGUACCUGGCUCGCCCGUUUCUAAUCAAUGAGAGUAAAUUCGAUUUACGAAUUUAUGUGUACAUUUCUUCCAUCAAUCCGUUACGUGUAUACAUUCACGAGGACGGUCUGGUUCGAUUUGCCUCACAAAAGUGA